AUGUUUAAAAAGUUUAAUUUUUCAGAAAAUAUUGCUGGACAAUCUCAAUUAAAGUCUUCAGUUCAACGUAACAUUCGUGCGAAACUAAAUGAACUAUACCCUACAAUUGAGUCUGUUCUAGAAGAAUUGAUGCCCAAAAAAACACCUAUUAUCCAAAUUAAGGGUCAUGAUCACAUUAAUUUCCUUUCUGUAAAUGGAGAAAUCCUCUUCUUUCAACACUUUGAUGGACCUUUUCUUCCAACUCUUGCUUUAUUACACAAAUAUCCUGAUAUGCUUCCCAAGUUACAAGUUGAUCGUGGUGCUAUUAAAUUUGUUUUAUCAGGAGCUAAUAUAAUGUGUCCCGGUUUAACAUCCAAAGGUGCACGUAUGGAUGUUGAUUUACCUGCUGGUGCUGUUGCUGCUAUUAUGGCUGAGGGUAAAGAAAACGCCCUUGCUAUCGGAUUACUUAAAAUGAGUACACAAGAAAUAAAAAUGGUCAAUAAGGGGAUUGGUGUAGAAAAUAUUCAUUACUUGACUGAUCCUCUUUAUAAGGAAGUUAUUCAUAUUUAA